GCACACUCGCCGUCUAGCUAGGAUUAGGCGAUUUGCGUUUAGAUACAAACCAAGUUUGCCCUAUUAUCUCUAGUUCACGGUUACAUUCUAGUGAUACCUAACGUAUCUUCCGUAAAUCGUUACCUUCGCGUAUUCCAAUGUGGUACUGAACGUUCGAAUUUUAAGUAUGGGUGCUAAAGUGUCCCGAACGGAUUUUGAGUGGGUCUACACCGAGGAGCCUCACGCUAGCCGCCGGAAAAUUAUUUUAGAAAAAUAUCCGGAAAUCAAACAGCUCUUCGGCUACGACCCCAACUUCAAAUGGGUGGUGACCGGCAUGGUGCUAGUCCAGCUUAUAACACUACCCUUCAUCCAGUACCUCAGCUGGCCGACGCUCAUAGUGGUAGCCUACUGCUUCGGCGGAGUUAUCAAUCAUUCUCUCAUGUUAGCAAUCCACGAAAUCGCACACAACCUAGCAUUCGGCCACGCCCGGCCAAUGGCUAAUAGACUAUUUGGGUUCUUCGCAAAUCUACCCGUUGGGGUACCCGCCUCUAUCAGCUUUAAGAAGUACCACUUGGAACAUCACAGAUACCAAGGCAUAGAAACCAUUGACACAGACCUUCCAACCCUCGUAGAAGCGAAACUCUUCAACACUACCUUCGGCAAGUUCAUCUGGCUGAUUCUCCAACCCCUCUUCUACAUGGUGCGGCCGCUGGUGGUCCGCCCGAAGCCUCCAGAGCCUCUGGAACUGGUCAAUGUUAUCAUACAGCUGUUCUUUGACGCCUGCGUGGUGCAACUUUUCGGAUGGAAAGCGUUGUGGUACCUCAUCAUUGGAUCCCUCUUGGCGAUGGGUGUCCAUCCAGUAGCAGGGCACUUCGUGUCAGAGCACUACAUGUUCAAGAAAGGUUUUGAGACGUACUCGUACUACGGUGCGCUGAAUUUCAUCACUUUCAACGUUGGGUACCACAUGGAACACCACGACUUCCCUGCGGUACCAGGCAGUAGGCUACCAGAGGUAAAACGCAUUGCCGGUGAGUUUUACGAUGAUUUACCACAACACCACAGCUGGGUGUCCGUGCUAUACGACUUCGUUAUGGACCCCGACAUCGGACCCUACGCGAGGAUCAAACGCAAGGAGCGCGGUUUGGAGAGCUAAGCUCUUUUCAAUAGAGCACAGCUCUUUUCAAUAGAGCACAGCUCUUUUAUACAGAGCACAGCUCUUUUAUACAGAGUUCAGCUCUUGACUUACCAGCAAGAUUUUCGGCAAAGAAAAUUUAUUGUAUCACAUGUGUGAGGGAUUAACUUUUUGUGUUGUUAUUCUGUCCCGUCACCCAGGGGACAAUUACUAUUGCACAGUUUAGGAAAAUGUGAUAUGUCGGUUGUGGACUACCUGGUCCACUAUCCUUUCGUCUGACACACUCCCCUAGGGAAUGUCUAGACUUGACACAUCUUGUACAAUCAAUGAUUUUUUGCUUUCAAGCAAAAAAUCAUUCAUCACCUGAGUUUGCCCGAUUUCUUGGACUGACAAAAAGAGUUAACCAAAAAAUGUAAUUUUAUCAAUUUUGCAACGACAAAACUGAUAUUUUUUGUAUAUUACUUUGGGGUCAUCCAUUAAUUACGUCACACGAAUUUCUAGGUUUUUUGUGCCCUCCCCCCUCCUUGUUACACUUGGUCACAUUUGGCAAACCUAGUGUGACGUCACAUUUUUUUCUACGAAAUCGCCAAAUCGAAUUAAGUAAGUACCUAAGUAUUAUUAAUGUUUUAUCAAAAUAUUUUUGACGAUAUAAAUAUUAGUAAUUUUAUAACCCAAAACUGCUUAGGAAAGAAAAGUAAACGAAUAAAAACGAUUAGCGUUUUAAAAACUUGUUAUUUAAAUGUACAGCGCAUAAAAUAAUUUAAAAAAAAUUUCGGUUACUGAUGAAGUUAAAGUGACGUCACAAAGGUUGUGUCUCCCCCCUCCCCCAUGUUACAAUAUGUCCCAUUUUCUUGACCCCCUCCCUCCCCCUUAACGUGUGAUGUAAUUAAUGGAUGACCCCUUUAUGAGGUUAAAGUAUAUCAACAUAUUACAAAAAUAUGCCUAAAGGCUUACUUUUCUUUAGAUUUGUGUAAAUAUUAAAUAGUAUCAGUACUAUAAAGUGAUACUAUAAAAAUAUGUGAUUUGGGUACCUACAUAUUAAUCGUAUUAUUUUGUAAAACCCUCUGAAUUUUUUUGAUCUAAGAAUUUAAACCAGUGGUUAUACCAAUGUUUUUUUUUGCAUUUUAUAUAUGUAUUUAAUAUAGGGUACAUCGCCAAUUAUUAGCCAGUUUUCAAUUACUGGCCACCUAUACUAAAAUGAAUUCUGUGUAUAGGUGAAUAGAACUCAUUUUUGUAAGAGGCGGCCAGUUAUUGAACGAGUGGGUUGUGGAUAAAUUUCAGUUACUGGCCAUUUUCCUUAUACUGAAAAUGAGUUUUAUUUAUCUGUAAAUAGAAUUCAUUUUUGGAAUAGGUGGCCAGUAAUUGAAAACUGGCUAAUAAUUGGAUUUUCGUACCUUAUAUACUAAAAUGAACUUUGUUCACCUAUAAAUAGAAAUCAAAUUAAGUGGCCAGUAAUUGGGGGGUGGCUAG